AUGGUCGGCGACACAGAAAACUUCACCUCCAAUGGAGCUUAUGGUUUGGGUAUGCUGGUGGGAGAUGGCCAAGGGUACCGUUGUGCUGCUAAAUUGGUUGUAAAGCCUGGUUUUAAUGAUCCUCAGGUUGGGGAGGCUCUUUGCUUUAGGGAGGCUUUAAGUUGGUUUAAGUCCAUGCAUUUCUUUCCAAAUCAUGUGGGGACAGAUUCUCAAGUUGUGGUUCAUGCUUCGAAUUCUCGUCAUGAUUUUUCCUCUUAUUUCUCUAUGGUUAUUAAGGAUUGCAAAGCUCUUUUGCAAGACCUUCGGUUCGUGUCAUAUGCAUUUGUUAGAAAAUCAGUGAAUCAAGUGGCUUAUGCAAUUACUAGAGCGGCUAAUUCUGUGUGA